ACCCUCGGCCAUUCCGAGGCCCGUUCGGGAUCCAUUGAUGCACCGCCGCGGCCGCCGCGGCGAUGGUUGACAAGCCUUCCUCGCGCACAGCAGAAAUGGCGUCCGCCGUGCACAUGGCCCGCUGAAAAAGUGUUAUCCUCGCGUCCGUGAGAGUUAAUCGGCAAUCGCGCGCCGUUCGCCGAGUGUCCGACCCUCGCCUAGCCGUGCCGUCGUUCCUCGGUCGUGAGCCUGCUUUGUGCUUUUCCUCCUCGUCUCCGUGCGCCGCCUCUCCUUGCUCUUCCUCUCGCGCUUUCCUUCCCUCUCUCCCCCCCCUCUCUCUCUCUCUGCCUCUCUGCCUCUCGUCGUCUCUCUCGUUCCAUUUCCACGCACGGACUCUUCGUGGCGUGCAGCGGCGUGCGAGCGCGAGCGGUCGACGACGCGUCCGACCGGGUUGUGUUAUCCUUUUUUUCCAUUUCUUAUCUUCAAUCCCUCCCCGGAUCACCACACGCCGCGCAACGAGACGCGAGGAUCAGUCCGGACGGAGGAGUUUCCGCGACCGACGCGCGGUCUCUCGCGGUGCGUUUCCCGCCGAGCCGAUCCCCCCCGUCGUUUUGGGCGUUCUGACGUGGUCGCGUCGCCGAAGCACGUGAACGUCUCGACGCGGCGACGCUCGUGAGGACGUUCACACGCUCAUCGCCACCGCCGCCGUCGUCGUCGGAGCGGACGUGGCUCGCUCUCCCCAUCGCUCUGAGUGCCGCCGACGCGAUAAGCGUUAACAUUCCGUUUAACUUUCGUCAUCUUCCUCGUGGCGGAUCUCGUGUUUUCCGUCUAUCGUUAUCGGACGCUCCUAACCUGGCGGCUCUCGUAGACUGUAAAUAGGGAGUGUACAUAGUGUAAUACGGUGCGUGCUUAGGUGCGUGGGAUUUUAGUUGGCAAUGAGUUCAAGCAACAAAUCCUUGGUGUCCUCUGGUGGGAGAGGCACCAAUAAAAAUAAAUCACAACAACACGGCAAAUCAGAUCAUCAUCAAAGUAAAUCAUCAGAUUCGACCAAGCAUGACAAGGCCCAGCAAAACACAAAUCAAAUGCGCAACGCGCAGAUCAUCGAUACCAGAAUGGCGGGAGGUGAGGAUCCCAUCAUGAAGGAACGCAUUAAACAGGUCAUGGAUAUGACUCGGCGUUCGGAGGACGAGGUAGUCAUGGCUCUCCAUGAUAAUGACGGAGACUUGGAUCGGGCUGUUAACGAUCUUCUGGAAGGAGUGAAAACAGAAUGGGAGGUUAAAAAGAAGAAGCCUCGUCAGCCCAGCGGUUCCAAGCAGACUACAGAUCAGUCGGGUGGCCAGGACGACAAUGGCGAUUGGGAAGAACGACGUAACCAACGUGGCGGCGGCCCUCCGCGUAUGCGCGGCCGCGCUAAUCAUGACAAUCGUGGAUGGCGCGGACGAGAAAACAAAGAAAACGAGAGGAAUAUGGAAGACGGCAUGCGCGAUGGCAGCUACAGCAGAAGAGGCAGGGGUGGAUCCGGAAGAUCAGGUCGCGGAUGUCGCAGCGGUGGUCGAGGUCUUGGUCCAAGGACAUUCGCGAACCGCAACGAUCCAUCGUCUACCUCUACUUCUCAUGGUUUUAAUCGUCCCAUUGAAACCUGGACAGGCAGCGAGGAACAGCAACAAAGUAUUCAAGAACCAAAAAUGGAUGCUUGGAAUAAUUUGGACUCUACAGAAGACUGGGAUAACGAGGAGUACACGGGAUCUUUGGCAGACACGAAAGUUUUCACACCGAGCACGAAUAUCCUCGAACCUCCGGCUGUUCUAGAAGAACAAAAGCCUCAGGAAAUGUCAUCCACGCAAUCGGGUCAGGGGGUUAACCUGUCGCUGCUUCAGCAGGAGGAACUACCAAAAUUGUCGGACAUAUCUACGAUGCAGCAGCAGAGUUUAAUACAACCUCAGCAACAGCAAGCCCAACAGCAACAACAGCAGCAAGUAUUGGGCUUACCGACGAUGCAACUGUCGCAACAACCCAGCGCUAUUAGUGGCGUAUUAACAGCGGCACAAACUCAAUAUCUGACGCAACUUACUCAACAGACGAGCGAGAAGUUGAAAGCAGCUGCACAAACGUCGUUUUCGUCAUCUAUGUCCAGUCAGCCCCAGAGACAAGCGAAACAACGUCCAAGAGUACCUCCGCCGUCAAAAAUACCAUCGAGUGCCGUGGAAAUGCCUGGUGACGCAGUUAACAGCGGAAUCGGCUUUCUCGACGUACAAUUCGGUGCGCUGGAAUUCGGUAGCGAUUCGAGCUCCCUCGACGGUUCGGCGAACGAAAAAUAUAACUCCACGAGUAAUACGAUCGCCGGUGUGGACAUGACUUCCGGUGCGAAUACUGCGAACACUGCCAAUACGAGUAAUUCACUCGACAUCGAAACUACGCAGACUUCCACCACACCUUUCAAUGCUAGCUCGCAGAUGUUACAGAGCACCGACACUCUGCCAGCAUCCAACGAGCAUACGAUUAGUUCCCAAGGUUUCACUCGUGGAAGCAGUAGUGGCCAAAGCUUGGAUAUAACUAAGCAAGAUUUCACGUCGCAAGUCUCACCCGGAAAUGCGCCGACGUACGGUGGUACGACGACCUAUCAGCCGUCGCAGAAAUCAUCUUUCCAGCCGUCGAGUGGCACGCCAAGCACCUACAAUGCGUAUUCGACUAACAACCAAUCCCAGUCUAGCUUCCAAAAUGCGUCAGGUGCUAACGCGAGUAGUUACUCCGCGACAGCAACGGUUUCGCAGGCGAGUUAUAACUCGUCGACGUCGUUUCCGCAAUCCAACACGUCGAACUUCAGUCAACCCUCUCCUUCCGCAUCGGCGUCCGCGACUUCCGGUUACAACCAACCCACCACUAGCAGUCAGGUUUAUCCGUCCGCGAGCGGGUAUGUACCGGCUACAACAUCGCAAUAUCCAGCGCAAGCCACCAACACGGUAUCGAACAGCAAUGCGGGGUAUCAAGCUUACCAGCCCCAGUAUCAGUCUUCUGUCACGACGUUUACAUCUCCAAUAACGCAAAGUUCCGGUUACCAGAGUGCUGCGCAGUCUGUUUACGCAAAUCCAUACGGCAGUUACGCCAGUCAACCGCAGGCUGCGUCUCACAAUCACAAAUUGAAUAGCACCGCGACGAAGGAUUCGCAGUACGAUAGCAGUGCAACGACAUCGAACAGUUCCCUCGCGACGACCAGUGCACCAACGUUGGGUCUCACCUCGACAUCUGUCAAUAGCUCACAGACCAAAGUGACGAAUUCCAACGCUGUUCCAAAAAGCACAUCGAGCGGAGUAGUGACGGGUAGCAGUGGUACCGGCAACAUGACGAGCGGCGGCGCGGCCGGAAGUAUGACGCCGAUGCUCAGCCACCAAUAUAUCAUGGGCCAGGCGGGCGUACCAUAUGCAGCUUUCCAGCAACCCGUGUACAGCUACGAAGACAUACAGCUCGUGCAACAAAGAAUACCACACAUGCCAACUACUGGUUACUAUGACGCGGCUUUGGGCUAUCAGACGACCGGUCCCGCUACGAGUCUCGGUGGUGGCAGAGGCGAUGCUCUAUCCGGCGUGCAAGGCGUACAGGGUGUCCAAGGAGUCCAGGGAGCCUAUACCAGUAUUAGCGACGCCAGGUUCGCUAGAAAUGACAGCAACGCGUCACCAGUUCCUUCCACUAUGUCGCAGCAGACCGCCACGCAACAUCAGCAACCGAUGAUAAAUCCUACUCUUCCUCCGGGAUACGCGUACGCAUUUACUUACGGUAGCGGAAUUAUGCCGGGAGGUUUUCAGUAUGGGACUCCUGCCAUUUAUCCGCAAAUAGCAACGGCCGGCAACGCCGGAACAAAUAGCGGUGCGUACAGCGCCAAGCCGGGUAGCUAUGGCUCUGGUUACGGCGCCGGUGCGAGCUACGACGCGCUGGCCUCCGCUGGCCCGUCCGGCGAAUACAAGGGCGCCGGUAGCAGCUACACCGGAACUCAAACCGGCAAAACCGGCACUUCCACGGGGAAUACCAACACCGCUGGCUCUUCCGCAACAGAUAUCAGCGCCACGAUGUACGCCAAGAGUCACGUCGCUCUUGGCAAAGUGAACUCUUACGAAAAACAGACUUUCCACUCGGCCACGCCACCACCGUUCGGUCUUACGGGCAGUCAAAACGCUGGCUUGCCCGGUGGUUACGGCACCCCGCACUUAUUCAUCCCGACUAUACCGCAUCAGCUGCACCAGCCGCUUCAUCAGGACGGCGGCAACAGCGGCAACCAAAGGUCCAACACAAGUUCGCAGAACAAAGCUCAAGCGAAGCCUGGAUACACUCCUAAUUAUUGGGCCAGUAGCAAUUAAAAAAAAAAAAAUAGAAAAACAAAAGACAAACUUUUGAACGUGACACGGAGGAAGGACGAAGUAACGUAACAUCCUGCUAGUAGAAUAACGAGUCGUCCUUCGUUGUGAAAACACGUUGGUGUGACAUAUAGAGACUUUGACAUUGUCAAUAGUUAAAAAUGACGCAUAAAAAUGGUAGACGAGAGACUUCAACUUUUUUUUCGAGAAUAACACGAGUCAAUGCGGAGAGUGAAUUUUGAAAAUUGAAAGGUAUAUGCAAUUAUUGACCGGAAUGCUUCCUUCUAAUGAUAAUGAACAAUCGAUUCCUGUGUACGCUGUACAUUCACUUGUACUUGAUCUAUAAUUUAUUUGUUCAGUUCAGCACACUCGCAAACUUCUCCAAGAGACUGGCGUAGAGCGCGAUAUCACAAUAAAAUAAUUCCUUGCUUUUUACUAUGCGGUGGUAUACGUGCAAAUCCUAUAUAUGAUAAUUUGCAUAUUCCUUUUAACUGUGAAUUGCACUCGUGCCAAAUGAAAUUGUAGCGUUUGUGUAACGCGAUGGAUUGCGAAAGACGGAUUAUCGUCUGUAUCAUUUGUGAAUUUUAUGACGCGACCAUGUCACAUAAUUCAUGAUAGGUUCAUCUGGUAACGUCGUAUACGAUACGACGAAGCCAGUGUCUCGCGACCUUCUCGUAUGAUGCACCGGAAAAGAAACUAGAAGAAUAACAUCCGUCGGGUUCGCACCGGAUCUCCCUUUGUACAUUACAGUGCAAUUUCGAAUGUAUUUGUAUUUGACUGGUAAUUAUAGGGUGAUAAUAGUGUCUUUAUAUUGUUCUCUUUUCUUUUUCUCGUGUAUGUAAGCAUCUUUGGCUUAAUAAAUAAUAAAAGCGCAUCUUUGUGAGGUAGCGUAGAACCAUUUCCGUAAAAGGGUGAAAAUAAAGGUGUACGCGAGAAAAACGUACUCUUGUAUAAAUUUAUUAUUAUCAUCGCGUUUUGUAGCGUUUUUAUUUUUUUUUGUAUGGCUCGUCCACAGCGACCUUGUGUAAAGUACAAUCGUUGCACUCGCAUACAUUUGGUUUGAACGCAUUACGCAUCUUUGUGAUUAGUAUUGAUUUUUAUUACUCCUUAUUAAUACGCAUACGUCUAUUCCAUAUUAUAUUGAAAUUAUUGCGUAUAAUCUCGGUUAAAUGGAGAAACCAUAUAUGCAACUCGCAUUAUUUCUAAGUGUAGCUUAAAAAAAAAAAAUCAAACAUGCCACAAAUAUGUAGUAAAAAUAGUGCUCUGCUCUUUUAUUAUUUUUGUACCUAUCUUUACCUUUUGUCUUGCUAAAUCCGCACACAUUCGACCGAACUCGCAGAACGACGUGGGUCCUUUAUUUUUCAUAAGAUUGACAACAAUUGCGAUUUACGUUUUAUUCUGUAAACGGAAGAUCCUCAAUUAUGAGUUACAAGAGUAUAUCACGUUUCAAAUUAGCAUAUUUUUAUGUAAAAUAUUUUGCUAUAUUUUUCGUUGUUUCGUUCAUUAAAUUAGGUCGGCAAUCAGAUGCAAUUGAAGUCAUUUAAUUGACAAAAAUUAUGUUUAAAAUCAUAUAUAUCGCUCGACAACGACAUGAUUAAAAAAAUUGUCAUUUUUGAGUUGGUUGCAAAAAAAGAACGAAAUCUUGGGAUCUUUGAAUGAAGGGUUAACAAUACCUUUAUUCCUCUACAAUCAGUUGUUAUAUCAAAAACGCGAUAUUUUUUAUGAUUCAAGACAUUUUAAACUCAUUUUCUGGAAAAUUUUGUUUCUCGAAUUAUGUCAUUGUUGCGGCAGAUGAGCGAUAUGAUUAUUGUCAAGAGAUUCGUUGGAAAUUAUCGACAUAGGUAUCUAAAAAACGUUACGGAUUAUCAUUUGGCAUAUUAGUGCAUUUCUAGAUGUGGUAAAAGGAAAGAAAUGGAUAAUUCCUCUCGAGGGAAGAAUCGAUCUCCAUCGGAUUAGCAAUCCUUAAAUCUGUAUUGUUUAUCGUAAAGUUUUUGGAAGAGCGGCGUCAGAGACGUUAUCAAAUCAAAAGUUGCAGCUUUUUUACGAUUUCGAAAAGUAGCCGCAGCCUCGACGCUCGCACGUGGUGCGCGCAGAGAGAUAAAGACAGAGACGACAUGUGAUGUUUUCCAUUGCAAGCUUACAAUCGUACACGUUCCUCGUGGUCUAGUAUUCGUUCGAUUUAAAUCGCGAACGAUUAAGAUGAAAACGAGACUCAACAUGACCGAUUAUCGAGACGAAUGAGCAUAUAUAGUAACGACGUAAUGUGCAGUAACGGUGAUUAACAGCGAUAUUUGUAUCUUUUUCAUUGUGAGAUUGUAAUAAAAAAAAAAAAGAGAAAGAAAGAAAGCCAUUAUCGAUUCCGUCUGGUGUACACAUUCGUUAAUAUUGCAUUAUUCGUGCUGAUUAGAGAUUGUGCGUACUGUAUAGCUAUAUACAUAUUAAUCGGAACGAAAUAAUACACGUAUAUUGACCAACAGUGGAACACAUAUUUUGAAGAUAUACUUUACAUUUUUGCAUUGUGAAUAAUGAAUGAUCGCAGAUUAUUCCUCCGGUGAGAGAGCGAGAGAGAGAGAGAGAGAGAGAGAGUUAGAGAAAAAAAGAGAACGAGAACAAGCUGAAAGCAAAUACGUCGAACGAAGGAAGUAAAUGUAAUGUGAAGCGUUUUUUCACAAAGGUGCUGUGAGAAUUGUUACGACUUGCGUGUACGAUAAAAAAAAACGUGAGGAAUAAUGUUUCUUCUAAGCACGAACAUAAAAAACGGGCCGACGAGUCCGACGGUCGACAAAGCUUUACCGCUAAUAUAAAAAAGCGAGAAGUAAAUAGUUGUAAGUAAACUCUUGUUAGCGACUGCAUAUAUAUACAUAUAUAAAUAUAUAAAUACUUAUAAACUCGUAUAAAUAUAUAUACAUAAAGAAAUUGCGGUAUGUGUAGGAUGCGUUUUGAGAAGAUCGGAAGACCAAAUGUAGAUUAGCUUCCUUCUUUUUUUCGGGGAAAAGUGUAAAUCUGUACUCAAGUGAACUCUCGGGAGAAAGAAAGAGAAAAAAAAGAGAGAGAAAAUCGGGCUACAUUGUCUUCGCCGUGGUCCAGCGUACGUGGACUGUGCUAAUAGCCACUUAUUAACGAGUAGAGAAUACGCGUUCGAAUGUACACGCAGACCGGCAUCAACGAAGGAACGAUUGAUGAAACGACCGGGAGAAUCAAGUAAAAAAUUUUCGUUUAUUGUCUUAGUGUAUGUUUUAUAGUCGAUUUCAGACUUCAUCGUGUAUACUCGAAUCAAUUUAGGGCGACAAAAGAAGUAUACUAAGUGUAAUUGUUGCAAAAUGUAAGCGGGGGAAGCGAGGGUUACUGGAAACGACAUAGAAAAAAAAGAGAACGAGAGAAGGGUGGGAAAAGGGGAGAGGAGGAGAUUUGGAGUUAAGCACGUUUGUUCUCAUAUAAUUAUACAUUAAUAAUUUUUGUAUUUUUGUCAAAUAUUAACCGAGCGAGGGGGAAAUGCACGAUAUAUGCAUUACUCAACUACUGCUAUUAUAUGAUUCAUAAUAAUAAUGAUAGCUACUACUGUGUAUAAAUAUGGAUAUAUAAGAAUAAAUGUAUUAAAGAAG